GUGUAGCUUGGAACGCAGUAAGAAUGAGUUUACCUGCUGAGUCGGAUUAUUUUUUACAUAACUCAAGCCGGCAGGAUGAAUAGAACGAACACAAUGUCGUGAGGAUACGUGUAAUAUCUGAAAACCCAGCAUUCUGGCAUUGCACCCCGCAGUCAAAUGUGGAUCUCAUGAUUGGAGAGAACGGUUCCGUUAUGACGGAUGUUCAGUCUAACGAGGGUCCUACCGAAGUAGCACACAGUUUCCCGAGACAUCAUAAGGUGAGGCCACUAAACAUUGAAUGGGACGGACGUAUUGGAUAUCGUGUAACGCAAAAAGUUCCAAAUGGGGGGCAUUCAUUCCGCCACAGAAUCCCACCUGCACAUGUGAAACAGCACUCCGGGAACCUUUUUUCUGAAACGAAUGCGGAGCCGAUAGCUCACAACCUUAGUGAUUCAAGACCGGAAUCGCCCGUGCUCCUCAUUGAUGAACUUGAACCUACCCCGCUGCACCAACGGUCAUGGACAACCACACCCACAAACAAGCGUUAUGAAGAAGCGGAUUCCUCCCCGCGAAGGAUAGCGCUGAAAAAUACGUCUAAUGAUUCCAACGACUAUUCUGAACUAAAUGAUCAUGCGAAUAGACAGAAAUUAAUAUUAUUUGACGCUCCGCCGUCACUGAAAACUGGUGCGAUCAAACCGCCUCACGGUCGAGUUGAGCCUUUCUAUGUCGACGGCUCGAAGAUAUUUAGCAGGCGACCUACACCAGUAGUAGUUGAAAGACGCUACCGGCCAAGUCCUUCUUUGUCUCCAUUAAGGCGCACGGCUACUCUCCCGGUACAUGGAACGGCGGCUAGGGAGAAAAGCAAACUCGAUGAAACCUUCCAUAUAGCCAAGGAUUCACUUAGAAGACACCAAGUCGCGAGGUUGAACAGAAGCUAUGAGCGGAGCGAGCAUCGACAAUACGAAGUUCAGAAAAAUUACGAAAAACCCCUCCAGAUCGACGAUUCUGAAGGAAAUCAGCUCAAAUUGCCAUCACUUAGCAGCUCUAUCAGCGUUCGAAAUGUUGGCAAUCCUUUAUGCUCUGAAUUUGCAACAGCUGAACCAUCGGAUGCAACAGACAGCACUACCACAUUGAGGGACGGUGGGUUAUUGAGGGAGACACUCAAUCCACAGUGGACACACAAUCCUAAUCAUGUGAAAAUAAUGAAGCAUAUCAACUCGGUGGACACGAACAACGAACACGUAAAAACGGCAACCAGCUCACUAAUUCCCACAAAACCGCUUCGUUCAGUGCGGAGCAACCCUUCCAGUCCAAUUUUAGGCAAACCGCAUGAGCAUUGCUCAGUUUACAAAGGUUCAGUAUCGCCCCAUCGUACGCCAUCGGCUAAUAAGAAUCAGGGUAAUGUCUCUGGCCUGCCACCUGCUCCCAGGAGAGCGAGCCCAAAUCGUUCGACUCGCCGAGAUCCAGCCACUGGUGCAGUUCUUUCUCCUACAGGGCCACCGGUGGAGCAAGUGAGUACACUCAUUGAACCAGCAACAGGACAGCAGAAACAAGUCACCACCCGGUCGCAGUCAUUCACCGAUCUCAACCGAAAUGUUAUCCUCACCGAGUUGGACGAAACCAUAGAAAGUGAUGAAACUAUGGAACAUUGCAUUAAGAAAAGGCUUGUAAGAAAGGGUCACAACAACUCAGUAAGAGAGCGGAAGUCAACUGACCGGACUGAUAAUUCUCCCAGGCAGUUGUCAACAAAGCAUGAGAAUGCACUACCCACUGUACCAGAUCGCAUGGGACUAACAGCAGAGAAACAGCUACGCGAGAAAAUUGAUGAGAUUGAAGAAUUGAUUACUGAAUUGAAAACUCGCUCCAACCAGCUGGUCAAAGCAACCGACAGUACGAUAAAACCUUACCCCAUGUCUUCUUGGGCGGUGAGCCAAGCAACGCCGGGUAGAGCGACAAGCCAGACAAAUAUCCCAGGUUACACCAGCCUCGGCCGACCACAAUGGACAUCUGAUUUAAAUAUACGGAGCACAACGAACUACAAACAGAUGCCAAUGCAUUCCACCUAUUCGGCUCACCGAGAAAAUAUGCAAAGGCGAGAGGAACAGCGUAGAGCGACAGAGGCGGAACAACGUUCCACUCGCUACUUCGAUGACAGUAAAGUGGCUGGCGGAGCGGAAGUUUUGGAAGAAGUGGAGACAAUCACUUUGCAGCCGAUUGGGCGCGGAGUGCACGAUCUUGAACCAACCGGGUCGGUUGGACGGUCGUACAGAGCCUACACACCAACUGGUAGUGUGCAGUCCAUUAGAUCGGUUCCCAUCAGAUGGAGCAAAAUACAGCCCGAAAACCUGACGCGGUUCCAUUCUCAACAACAGGAGACAGGUCACCGGGGUUGGGCUCAUCAGAUGUCAGCUCAGUCCCCGAAAUUAGUGCAUGAAUCGGCCUCAGCUGAUUUUUUCAACUUUAUUGGCACCCCAGUUAUUCACUCAGGUCCUUUUCCCUAUAGUAAUUCGGCCGAAUUCCAAGGCCCGUUGAGGGUUGACACCACGUCCUAUCGACCCAGACAUCAAGGUCGGCAAAAUUUGUCACCACUUGGAAUAACACGAAGUCUACCGCGUACAACUGGCUCUGCUAGCCCCAGAAACUGUGAACAACGGAGUCCAAAAGGGAUGGUAGUUCGACGGCCGAUGUUCUCCACGCUGAAUGCACAUGAGUCGAGUUCUCCGGCUUCUAGGGCCUAUACACCGGGUCCAGAUCAAUCAGAUGGGUAUCGUACUAUUGCUACCACGAACGUGCACAGGGAAAUUCCUACUUCAGGGGGUCCAUCGCCAUUUGCUGGGAUUCGUCAAAACUCACUCUACGAGGGGAGAGGCUCGGAGAAUAGAUACCGGACGUCGCAGCCACUGGACUCACACUGGCGAGCCACGACCGUGCCUCCAAACUACGCCGGGAGCGUCAGCGGAAUGAGUGCAUCCGGAGAUGCUUCUGAAUGGGAACAAGUGUUGUUGAAACAAGUGAAGAACACGUUUCGCGAGUGGUACAUGCCAGAAAAAAGCAGAGAAGAUGUGGAAAACCUACUCCGAGAUAGGGAGCCCGGUAGCUUUAUCGUGCGAAAUCGACUCUCCCAUGAGAACAGUUUUAGUCUUGGGCUGAAGGCCCCUGGGCUCCCAGAUCCGUACAGACAUGGGUCCAUCAAGCACUACAUCAUCAACUCCGUUCCUAUGCACGAUGGUAGAGGGACUGGACUGCAGUUGAGCGGCUUCAGCGAUCAGCCAGUGUUUCCGGACUUUGUGUCUUUUGUGCAUCAUCAUUGUAUGCACGCCGGACCUUUUCCAUGUGCCCUUCGCCUCCCCAUAUCAUUCGCAUCAAGUCAACCUCCGUCGAAUGCCUACGGAUCGAUAAACAAAGUCAAGAUGCCAGCUGGAGGAGGCGGAGUGGUGGUUGACAUGCUUUAUCUGGGAAGUGUGCAGGUAGACAAACUGGAAACUCUUUCGGCCGUAAGAAAGGCCGUGACCAAAAUCUUGGGACAGGCGUCAACCAACGGUAAGGGGCUCUCCAAACGCUCUGUCGUGACCGUCAGCGCAAAGCCAAACGAGGGUGUUCGGUUCUCCGGAUCGACGAAACGUGGCAAGAUGGACGAGUCAAUCAAGCCAAGUGACAUCAGUUUUUGCGGACUUGAUCCAGAAGGUCGAACUUUCUCUGGAGAAGAAUUACGGGCUCGUGGACUGACUCAAGCAAGGAUGUUUGGAAUAGUGGCCCGCUCAAAGCCAAUCUGGAUGCACGGGAAUCUUGUAUUCGUCUUUUCUGAAUUGGAUCCCAACCAGUCCGCAUUAAGCCUGAUCAGUUAUAUCAAUCAGGUGUUCGUCAGCUAACCACCACAGCAUCUGCACUGUACUGCCCAGUACCUCAUCUUGCCUUAAGUUUUUAUACCCCUUUCGAGUUUGUUGUAAAGUGGCACCGCGUUGAGGCCAAGCAAUAAACAUUGAGCUCUUCGUUUCGAAACUUGGGAGGCGCUUUAUAGAUGACAAGUCAGCACCACCAGUUUUUUGUUUCCUGCUGAGAACCUUCUAUCCUACAUAUUACCAAAUUAAGCAGCGCUUGUGUUAUUCUGAGUUAGACAUCGAGCACGCUGCUUCUUUCUUCCUGGAUAGCCCCUUUUCGAGAUCACCGAGACUUCUAAAUCCAAUUUCUACUUUUGUAAAAGAGACUACGGUACACUAUCAGUUCACUGACUGUUCGUUUGCGUAUUCCAUGUGUCGUCAUCAUUAUUGUUUAUUUUACACAAAACGUAAGCAUUACGUUAUUCACUGCAUCAAGCCGAGAUCAAACUGUGAAGUAUUCAAGCACUGUCAGUGACCAAAAUGAACUCGCGCCACCUGAAAAGGCAUAAUCAUUUUACCGCUGGCUGCACAUCUUUAGCUACUCAACCGGUAUAUCUAGCAAUCUAACUCAUCGUCUACCUUUCACUCACUUUAUUUCGUCUCACAGUAGACAGAGUCCUUCACAGUCGAUCCAGAGACUAGUAAUUUCCAGCCCUAUCAAACAGAUUAUACGCAGCCACAAAUUAUAUACAGAUGUGUGUGCACGCGUAUAUAACGAACAUCGUAUAAACAAGAGAUUGACGCACAUUUCAAAUGUUCCAAUGGUGAUCAACAUUUUACCGCCACCCAUGACUCUUAAUAACGGGAUAAAUUUCAUGGAUAACCGCUACACAAGCAACAUUUUUCAGUGUCUGCAAGGUUUCAAAAAUCUUCGGAUUCUUUCACCAUACCCCGUGUUUGUUGUUUUCACAAAGCUGAUAUUUAACAGUUACAUUUGCAACUGUAUCACAGUUUGCUGACUGCACCGUGUACACGAUAGUCACCUGGCGCUAAAGUUCCAUUAUUCAUACAGAUUUUUGUUUGAAUUAUUUAAGCGAAGUUUGGAAGAGUAUACACAAGGUCAUAAUCAGCUUGAGAGAUAUGGAUGCGAUUUGAUUAAACCGACCAUGUUUCUCCCUUCAAUGCAACGCUGCUUCUACACCCUGCCUUCUCUUCACAGUUCUGUUCAAAAAGCUAACAUUAACUAUAUGACCAGAAAAAGCUUUGAAUGUUUUUUUUCAAAUGUACAAAUACAAAAUCCCGUUAUGAU